GUUAUACGACUAUCUACAAUCUGUCUACUACUAGUAAUGUAUGUCUGCGCUGCACAUUCUUGCAACUCAGAUUAGCUCCGCGGCUGAGAAAAAAAGCAGCGUGGGUUCUUACGUUGUAGUCACAUCGAUAUCGGUACAUUUUCGGAGGUAAGGAGGCCUCAGCGUGAGUCUGGCAUGGGGUCAUUUGUAUGUUUCCCCGUUCUUCACUCUAAUCUUGUCUUGUCUAUCCUGCAGUGCAACACAAUCAUGUUCUUUGUUGUGGAUAAAUAACUACCGGUAUACUUACUUUGUGUCUCUCAGUCUCAGUCUCAGACUCAUACUAUUAUGACUCAUAGCGGUUUUCCAGUGAUCCGCAAAUCUCGUGCGGACACACCAUACAACCUGUUACAAUGCAAUCUUUCGUUGCACAUCGAUGACACGAGAGAGUCGCGAACGUAACGUAAACCCGUCAAUGGUAGUCUGAGCAAAACGCUGCAAAGGCAAGAGAGAUCGAGAAGAAAAGGUAUUCUCGAUCUCGACAGUCGAACAGACGGCAACACUCAGCCUUCACUAGGCUUCUGUCAAGUAAGUUGCUUUUUUUUUAGUUUGCGGUGGACAGCAACCGAUAUAGUGGAUUAUGACAUGGGGAAUCCAGAGGGUCUCGAGGCUCUAAUCAACGACAAAACCAUGGCUCAGUCUCUUGGCUGCCGGCCUCGGCAGCUGAUGUUGGCUGUGGCGUUGCUCCUGCUUUCCCAGUGGAGUGGUUUAGCGGAGUCACAAUCUGAGGACAUUAUCUCAACGACCGUUGUCAAUACAGUCAACGGACCAGUUCUGGGAGAGAUUAUUCGCAUCUCAGCGCCCGACAUUCCUCCAACACUGCUCAAGAGAUUCAGGGGAAUUCCCUUUGCGGCUCCUCCGCUGGGAGAGUUGCGCUUUGCACCGCCUCAGCCACCUCAGAAGUGGAGUACAGUUCGUGAGACCACACAGUACGGACCGAGCUGCAUACAAAAUGUUCAAGCUCAGAGAAUCCCUGGUGAAAUAAGUGAGGACUGUCUGACUCUGAACGUGUAUGCACCAGUUUCCGACUCUUUGACGGAAACCUUCCCAGUAAUGGUAUGGAUCUACGGUGGAUCUUACCGCGAUGGUAGCAGUGUUCUCCAUGACGGAUCACCUUUGGCAGCUCUUGGCAAAGUAGUGGUUGUCACCCUGAACUAUCGCAUCGGCGCUCUGGGCUUCACCUCGUCCACCAUUCAAGAUGAGGUCGGUGGUAACAUGGGAUUCAUGGAUCAGCAGCUGGCACUGCACUGGGUCAAUCAGAACAUCGAGGCAUUCAGCGGGGACAUUGACCGGGUCACCGUAUUUGGUGAGUCGGCCGGUGGCAGCUCUGUCGGUCUGCACAUGAUCAGUCCGAAAAGCCAGUCGCUCUUUCACCGGGCUAUAAUGGAGAGUGGCUCCAUUCUCUCAGGAUGGUGCGUGCAGCGCCAAGCUGACCUGACACUGUCCACACAGGCGCUUGCGCAGGGCUUGCAAUGUCUGACACCGUUACUCCACAUUGAUCUGAAAUGUAUGAGGAGCAAAACAGCGGAGCAGAUUCUCGCCGCUCAGAAUGUUGUCUACGACUAUUGGCGCAAAACUGGCCGUCAGUUUCCCUACACGCCGGUGAUUGACGGGAAUAUCAUUCCAAUGGCGCCCGAUGCAGCACUGUCCUCGGGGAACUUCAUGCCUCUGGAGGUUCUAUCCGGUGUCAACCAGAAUGAGUGGGGUCUGUUUGUUUCACACAUGAGUGUUCCAGCCAUCAACAGCAGUGAAUACGACAUCUCCUUGACCAGGUUUACAAACUUAGGCUACUGGGGAUUUCCCCCAGCUGAUUUGACCGAGGCAAUCCAUGACGUUGUCAACUUUGAAUACACCAACUGGGAAGAUCCCAAUUCCGGCGAGGCUCGUCUGCAGUCUGUGAUGACUGCUGGAAAUGACUUCAACUUUGUCUGUCCUCUGCAACAACAGGCUGACCAAUGGUCCAAGGCCCGGGUUGCAGCACUUGGUGCUAAGCUGUAUAUGUAUCAGUUCUCUCACAAAGACGAUGCAUUCCCGGAGUGGGUUGGUGUGCCGCAUACGGCCGAGAUUCCUUACGUGUUCGGUGAAGUGUUGAUGAAGGAUGUUAUGCCAAGGCCACUCGCAGAAUCAGCAGGUGAAGACUAUUACCAUGUAACAGAAGCAGAUCGCAAUGUCAGCCUAGCCGUGAUCAGUAUUUGGUCUGCUUUUGCAUAUACUGGUGACCCAGGCAAUGGAUUGAUUGAAACCGGCGCCAACUUCACAACCUGGCCAGUGUUCAACUCCACGACACGUCCCUACGUUGACAUCAGCAUCAACCCAAGCCAGGGCACCUUCUUGCACAAUGAGAAAUGUCAGAUGCUGGCGAGGCUGAUACCCAAAAUUGUCAGGCGUUGUCGCACCGAGUCAACAACAACCCCGGCCACUCAUUCUACCCAUCUUCACAAAAAGAAAAGGAAAUACUUCCGUCGCACACCUCCGUUUGGUCCAAGGCCCAUGGGAUACAGCUAAAUAUACACUAGUAGGCAUUUUAGCCAUUUUAUUCUGUUGCUCACCCCUUUAUCUAUUUUUAUUACAAGUAAUCUAUCAGGCAGGCAUAGGGGGAUGGUCUAAGACCAUGAUUGAGAAACAGAGGGUACCAGGUUCAAGUCCUGUUUGGAAGCGGAAGGAAUUUUCCAGCCGUGCUGGGACCCACAGUGAAUUGGGAACUCGUGGCCUGGCACGAGGGUAACAUGAAUGCAGCUAAUGGGAUUUCGGCCUUUGACCACUUGGUGGCGGUUCUGAUCUACUCACCUCCCACCGUUUAAGCGCUGCAUCUGCGCCUUUGAUCCUAGAGGGUGGUGGCGUUCCCACGGCGGAUGCGGUAAACUCGGCUUCCAGCCGAGUCUCAUGCGAACCGUGAAUUUAUUUUAUUUAUUUAAUCUAGUUUCACCAACAUAGCCAGGAUAAUUUCGUUGAGACAUUGAAAUUGAAAGCUCCUUCAAACACCAGGUUUUCUCCUGCAAAGUUUAUCACAGAGGUAGGUGCUCAUUAACUAUCAUUUUUAUAUACAUGUAUUUCUAAAUGCGAGUAGUCACCUUGUACCACGUUGCCUUAAAUGCAAUUGGUAUGAUGAUGUGCACUUGAAGUAGUUCCAAGGAAGCUGUACUCAGUCUAGAAAACGUUGGACCCGGGGACUAUAGCACCAUGCAUGUAGAUCAUGCCUACUAUCAAGAGUACAAUACAUACAUGACCAGUGGUUAUGUACACUCUUGCCACUAUCUGUCAUAACUUCAUAGAGGGACUUUUUCUUUCAUGUUAGGAACAGUACCACACUACAAGAAAGUGAUUGUGGAAACUUCUGGGACACGAAGUGCCUUUACUAGCACACCAACUCAAUAUCCUUGCUUUGGAUCAUGUAACAGACCUCUGCAUACUGCUCUCCCUCUCUCCUCCCCUCCCCC